AGGAAGUGGAACAUAUUGAGGGGAACCAGAACCUCAGCAGAAUAACGAUGGUGAGGAGACCAGUGAUAAAAGUGGACAGAGUAACUCAGAUCCAGAGGACGAAGCGGCUGGUCUGGACGAUCCCGCCACUCCGGUGAGACACAGACGUAAAAGAUGCCGUAACAGUUCAGGAAACGCUGACCGUAUAGUUUACGAUGCAUCUGAGACUGAUGAGGGAAGGUACUAUUGUGACAUCUGUCAUAAACAUUUGAGUUACAGUAGUAGUUUCAAAACACACAUGAGAAUUCACACAGGCGAGAAGCCGUAUCCUUGUGACACCUGUGGGAAACGGUUCAAAGACAACAGCAGUAUGACGAAGCACAAGCGGGUCCACACAGGCGAGAAGCUGUAUUCCUGCACGACGUGUGGGAAACCGUUCAGUGACGGCAGCGUUCUGUCUCGACACGCGCAGAUUCACACAGACGAGAAGCCACACUCUUGUAAGACGUGCGGCAAAAAGUUCAGUCAGCGGGGCGAUUUGACGGCCCACAUGCGGCUUCACUCGGGCCAGAUGCAGAAUUCCUGUGAAAAGUGUGGGAAGUGUUUCAGCCGCAGCGGCAACUUGACGGUCCACAUGAGGAGUCACACAGGCGAGAAGCCGUUUUCCUGCUCGCUGUGUGGGAAAGGGUUCUUUCGGGGUAGCCAUUUGACCGUCCACAUGAGGGUACACUCGGGUGAGAAGCCGUAUUCCUGUAAGGCGUGUGGGAAAUGUUUCAGUCGCAAAGGUGUCUUGACUAUCCACCUGAGGUCUCACACAGGUGAGAAGCCGUAUCCGUGUGAGCUGUGUGGGAAGAGUUUCUGCCGCAGUGCUUAUCUGGCCAUCCACACGAAGAGAACACACCGAUUUAUCACCAAGAGGCAUCGUCACGCCAAACACCCUGACCUGCCCUCGAUUAGAGGAACUCAAGCUUCAGAGAUGACAGAGGAACCCCGCUGGUCUCAGAUAAAGGAGGAACUGGAGGAAGCAGAAAUGAUUCGAAUCAAAGAGGAGCAGGAGGAGCUGGAGCUCUUACCCACCGAAGGAGAACAGGAUGGACUCCGGAUCGUACAGAUCAAAGAGGAACCGGAGGAACCGGAUUUCACGCUAAAAUCAGAGGAUCUGCACGUUAAAGAGGAACAGUUUCAAGAAGAACCGCCACAGAUAAAAGAGGAACCAGAAGAAUCAGCAGGGAUAAAAGAGGAGGAGGAGGACAGAGAGCAGCUGGUUCUGAAGCAGGAGACGGACAUCGUCCUGGUAACUGUGUCUGAAGACGGGGAUCCCAGUGAACCAGAACCAGAACCAGAACCAGAACCAGAACCAGGCACCCAGCAGGCCUGCUCCAGUCUCGACCCCAAAGGAACCUGUAAAAAAUCAAGAUCCACUGCAGACAGAGAGCUGACAGCAGACAGGAAGUACAGGACCCGAUGGGAGAAAUGGCCGCCGGCGGGGAGCAGCUGUGACCCUGACACAGGUCAGGGGUCGUACUCCUGCCAGACCUGUGGCAAGCAUUUCCGUCACAGCGGGCAUCUGAACACCCACAUGAGAAUCCACACGGGGGAGAAGCCGUACUCCUGCGAGACUUGCCGUAAACAGUUCAGCGACCGGAGCGUUCUGAUGCGGCACAUGAGGAUCCACACGGGCGAGAAGCCGUACUCCUGCGACGCCUGCGGGAAACAUUUCAGCCACAGCGGUCAUCUGACGACGCACCGCAGGAUCCACACCGGGGAGAAGCCGUACGCCUGUGAAACCUGCGGCAAGCAGUUCAGCCACAGCAGUCACCUGACCAUCCACAUGCGGGUUCACACCGGCGAGAAGCCGUACUCCUGCGAGACCUGCAGCAAGCAUUUCAGCAACAGCAGCGGGCUGGCCAAGCACAUGAGGACCCACACGGGCGAGAGGCCGUACACGUGCGACACAUGCGGGAAGGAUUUCAGUCACAGCGGCCAUCUGACCACCCACAUGAGGUUCCACACCAGCGAGAAGCCGUACUCCUGCCAGACCUGCGGGAAGCAUUUCACCGACAGCAGUGGUCUGACCAGGCACACGAGGACUCACACGGGCGAGAAGCCGUACUCCUGCGAGGUGUGUGGGAGGAGCUUCAGCCAGAACUGCGUGCUGAUCACCCACCGGAGGACCCACACCGAGCAGAAGCUGCACUCCUGUGAGGUCUGUGGCCAGAGCUUCAGCCAGGUCCACAUCCUCAUCAGCCACAUGCGCUUCCACACCUGCCAGCGGCAGCAUCCCUGCCCGACCUGCGGCAAGCGCUUCUGCGACCGCAGCGCUCUGACCCGCCACAUGAGGAUCCACACCGACAAGAAGCCGUACUCCUGCCACGUCUGCGGCAAGAGUUACCGCCAGAGCGGCAACCUCAUCAUUCACAUGAGGAUCCACACGGGGGAGAAGCCGUACUCCUGCGACGUGUGCGGGAAGAGCUUCAGCUGCAGCGGAUACCUGAGCGCCCACAUGAGGACCCACUCGGCUGACAGGCCGCCGCCGCCCAGCGGCUCUGAGCUCGGCAUCGCCUUCACGCCGAACUCCCAGGCCAACAUGUCCUUCAGGAAGAGGAUGUUCUCACUGCCCAGCAGCUCUGGAGACAAGUCCAGUCUGGACCAGGAGGAGCCACAGUCUCCACAGAUUAAAGAGGAACUGGUGGAACCACAGUCUCCCCACAUGAAACAGGAGCAAGAGGAACUCGAGUGUCCACAGGUUAAAGUGGAACAGGAAGAUCUGGACGCUCCUCAGACCGAUGGGGUUCAGGAGGAUCUGGAAGCUCCUGAGAUUAAAGAGGAACGGUCAGAAACCCCGGACCUCAAAGAGGAAGCAGACCCUUGGCAGACUGCCGCCUACACGUGUGAGGAGACAAAGCCGGAGACUGAGAUCUUCCUGGUGACGGUGACCGACGGGGAAAGUGACCACAGUGAAGCCGACGGCGAGCUCCUCCACCCAGACUCCUCCACUGGCGCUCCCGAUUCAGGCUCCAGUAGAAACACAGAGAUGACGCUGAGCGGCAGCUUCGACUUCACCCUGAAUCACGGGCGUCUCAGCGUCUGUAACGCCGACACAGCUAAACCACUGAAGAACCGUCACAGGAGGAUGGAGCCUGACCGAAUCAACUCGGAGCAGAAGCCGGUCUCCUGUAAGAUCUGUGAGAAACAUUUCAGCCACAGCAGCAGCCUGACCAAGCACAUGAGAAUCCACACAGGCGAGAAGCCGUAUUCCUGUGAGAUCUGUGGGAAAGACUUCAGUGACUGCAGCAGUUUGGCCAAGCACGUCAGGAUCCACACAGGUGAGAAGCCGUACACAUGCGACACAUGCGGGAAGACCUUCAGGCACAGCGACCGCCUGACGGCUCACAUCCGGACUCACACGGGCCAGAGGCCGUACCGCUGCGAAACGUGCGGCAAGAGUUUCCGAGACAUCGGAACUCUGACCCGACACAUCAGAAUCCACACAGGCGAGCGGCCGUAUUCCUGCGAGAUCUGUGGGAAAAUGUUCCGGCAGAACGGAAACUUGACGGCACACAUUAAAACGCACACGGGCCAGGGGCUGUAUCCAUGCGAGACGUGCGAGAAGAGCUUCUGUAACCGCAGCGCGCUGACCAGGCACCUGAGGAUUCACACAGGCGAGAAGCUGUACCCGUGUGAGAUCUGUGGGAAGAGCUUCUGCUACAGCAGCACUUUGACGCGGCACAUGAGGAUCCACACAGACGAGAGGCUGUUCUCCUGUGAGACGUGCGGCAAGAGCUUCAGCCAGAGCGGCCACCUGACGUCACACAUGAGGAUCCACGCAGGCGAGAAGCCGUACUCCUGCGUUCCGUGCGGGAAGAGUUUCAGUCAGAGCGGCCAUCUGACCAGCCACAUCCGGACUCACACGGGGGAGAAGCCGUACUCCUGUGAGACGUGCGGGAAGAGCUUCAGGAGCAGUGGCCAUUUGAACGUCCAUGUGAGGACUCACGCAGGUGAAGGCUAGUUUUCUUUUACAGUUUGACUUUUCUUCCUUGAGUUUUCCCACAGAGUGAAGCCUCCAUCCUGCUGAAACAGCUCGGGAUAAUUUUGUUCAUGUUGGUUCUGAAUUCAGUGCUGCUGUUUUCAUCUGAAUGUGACAUUCCUGACCUGAAUAUAUCAUCAAUGGCCCUGUAUGAAUACAUGGAA